AUGAGCGCACUCGUAGACACGGCAAACCUCGACCUCGCAUCCACUCCGAACCAGCAACCGCCCCUCGACCCCUCCGCCUCGGCCCCUCCUCCUCGCGCGCAACCACCACCGCAGGCCAUCCCGACCGCUCAGCGAGCUCGCAAGGUCAACGGCAUCCACACCGACGUCGUCGUCCAGAUCUUCCAGGACCGCGUCCUCGUCAUCGUCACCCAGCUCGGCCGCAUCGGAGCCAUGAUCCAAGUCACGGCACCUCCCUCGGCCCUCACCGCCCUCCCACCUCCGCCGCCGCCCCCUCAAGCGUCCUCCUCGACCGCGCGCACCGUCCCUCGCCCGGCUCCUCACCCCUCGACCCUCCUCACCCCGCUCUUUGGCGCCGCCCCGUCCCCGCACAUCGCCUCGCUCCACGACCUGUACGCCCUUCACGUCGGCGCAGCCAUCUUUGCGCGCCUCGGGGCCGCGGGAGAGGGCGCACAGCGGCCCGUCGUGCUCGGGAUCGGGCUCAAGCGCGCGCAGCGGGACGGCGCAGCGCUCGGCGACGACGACGACGACGCAGGCGUGACUGAGGCCGAGAAGGAGACGUUCGAGCAGGUGCUCGACAUGGUCAUCGAGUGCCUCGGCUGAGCGGGCGAGGGAGCGUGUGCAACGAGACGGCGCUGGUCGCCGCAUCCCUCG